AUCUGUACAUCAGAAAGUUUCCACUAGAAAGAGAAAUGGAAAACACAAGAAUGUGGAUCCAUCACGCACCAUACUUCCUGCGAGCCUCCAUUUUAAAUCUAAAUCAAGUACAACCGCCGAGUGUACUGGUGAAUGUCUACACAUACAUCAAAUCAAAUGAGAGGGCGGGCAAAUUAACAAUACAUUUGCAUGAACAACUGAAAAUUGUUAGUCAGUGUUCAAAACAACCUACAAUCCUGAUUUUCCAACACCUUUGCUCGAGCAAGGGUGGAAGUUAGGAUGCAACCACAUCUAAUCAUAUAUGAUGUCGCCCUGGAGCUGUUAGAGUGUCACUGCGUGGAACCCGGGGAACAGUCUCUUAUUGCCCGUCUCGGACUGAGUCUUUCGCUCGUGCAACUCUGCCAAGUUGUCUCUAGCUCAUCAAUAGUUAUUGCGUGCAAGACCAAUAUACGAGGUUCUGUCAAUGGCUUCAAUUUAUUUGAGUGGACUCCUAGCAAACAAAGACUACUUCAAGCUCGCCUCGAAACAGAUCACAUUGCGGGAAUUAAUGGGAGUUUCCAAAAGCAAUCUUGGAGUGUAAUCUUUACCGAUCCAAACCAGACCGGUGCUGUGAGAGCUUUGGGCUCGGCGAUUAUGAGUAAUACAUUUGACUCAAAGGCGCCGCAACUUACUAUGCAUAUUACUGCAAUAUGCCCACAGUACAAGCAAAAUGUGAAAUACGUCUUUUUAUCCCUACGACACCAGGCCUCAUUUAAUAAUUCCGAUCAACCAUCUCAUAUUGAAGAACCAACUCAAAUGUGGGUGCAGACACAAUCCAACGAACUUGCCUUUUUUCAGCGGGGCUCCUUGCAGUGGAGCACUGCCCUGCCCACAUCUGUUGAGAAAAUAUUUAUAGCGGAAUGUCAGGUUCCUGAUAAGCUAUCUCAGCUAUGUCUACUAGUCCGUUUUGACGAGACUCUUCGGGUAUACAAUUCAAUCACAGGAGGAAUAAUAAAGGAUUUGUCUAUAACCAUGAGCGACUUCAUCAUAUCCGACGUUAGAGAACUAGGCGUGAAAUCUAUUGUAAUCAUAAACAAUGGCGAGCUGCAAUCAGAUGAGCAAUGCCUAAUUUAUCCAGAAACAACAAUCAGCACAGUAGCUACGCCAGUUAAAAAAGCUACACAUGAAGAUAUCACCCGCGCAAAGACCAAUAUGGACCAUGUGCUCAUGACAUUAGGGCAACAAAUAGAGCACAAACGUGAACAGAUUGGACGACUGCGCACAUCUCUGACCAGCAAGAGCGAGAUCAUCCAAGAGUGCCAGGACUUGAUGACGGGGCCGCUGCAAUCUAUGUUCCUCACAGGAGGCGGGUCAUAUAUGUCAAUUGAUGGUACAUUUGGACCAGAAGACAUGACCUUAUUUCGAAGGAAACGAGAGCAUCGUCGGAAACAGGUGCUUAAACGUUUAGUUCAUAUUAUAGGUAGUGGCGUAGAUACGAAUUUUCUUCAGAAAGAGGACCAGUAUGAGUCGAACGACGGAGAUGUUGCUCCGCAUGGUUUUGUGGACAUCUUGGAAUGCGUAUCAGGAAGCCAUGUAUUCAUUGAAGAUAAUCUGGUGUGGGUAGGAGUCCGGGUCAAGAACAUGUAUGAAAGUCCAAUAUUCAACGUUCGUUUGUCUGUUUUACUUCAGAACUCGUGUGGACAGAGUAUUUCGGAAUUAGGAUCUCAAGCCAAUGGCUUGCUCGUUUGCACUAUUUCGAUAGAAUCUUCAGCUCUUGAGGAUAGUGAAUACUUUGACAAGUCUAGUGCUGUGAGACGAAUUCUUUCAAAUGGAAUCCUGCUACACUUUGACCGAAAGUCAGUACAGAGCUUUGAUGUUGAUAUUCCACAUCGCACAGUACUGAUCACUCGGUUCUCUAUUGUGGAUCAAUACCCCUCAAUAUGGCGUCCGUAUCUAGAAAAUAUAGUCCUUCAUGCAAAGACUGGGUGCCGCCUUGACAAUAUAAGCCUCCAAAGGCUCUCAAUACUGUUGCAGGACGGCCUCAGAUUGUCACAUGGAGUGGACAGUCUGUCAUUUGGAUCAUUGGAAGAAGGUGUGAUUGCCUUGAUUUAUCCACGUUCUGGCAUGGUUAAAUUAAACACAGAUCAUACUUCAUGGAAUGUCAUUUUCAAGGCACGGACGGAGGCACUCGCAAUAAACUAUGCAAGGAGGACAGUCUUACUCUGUUCUCGUUUCGCGUAAUUACAUAAACUACAACCUUUACUAACGCAAGUAUGGAUCGGAUAUAGAGUUCGCUUUUUUCAAGCAAAGCGUAGUUCUGUG